CGUUUUCGUUUUGUUAUUCUAGAAACUGACACAAUGUCUUGGAUGUAUGUUGUUUUCAUUUUGAUAUUCUAGAAACUGACACAAUUUCUUGGAUUUAUUUCGGUUAUCAAACAGUCGAUUUGACGAUGACUGAUUAUUUGAUUGUUGCGGCUAUUGAUUUUGGUACAACAUAUUCCGGCUUUGCAUUUUCUACAAGAAAUGAUUUUCAGCGAGAUCCAACCAACGUGUAUGGACGAAAUUGGACAGCAAGUAAUCUUCGAUCUAAUAAAACAGCAACAAGCAUUCUUUUCAACCCAGAGGGGGAGUUCGAGGAAUUUGGAUUUGCAGCAGAGGAUUUAUAUUUAGAUUUGGCAGCUGAAAAACAAGAGAGUGAUUGGUACUUUUUCCAUAGGUUCAAAAUGCAGCUUUUUGAUAAAAUGACACUGAAAUCAGAUUUUCUGCUGGAAUCAGAAAACGGAAAGACACUGCCGGCAUUAAAGGUUUUCUCAUGUGCUAUCAAAUACUUGAAAGAUGAACUGUUAAAAGACUGUACACUCCAACAAACUGGCGUAUCUAUAGAUGACAUUAGAUGGGUAUUAACAGUGCCAGCAAUAUGGACAGAUACAGCAAAGUCUUUCAUGCGUCAAGCAGCAAAAAUGGCUGGUAUUGAAAACGACAAACUCGUAAUUGCAUUGGAACCAGAGGCAGCAGCGCUAUUUGUUAAACAUCUUCCAAUUCACAAGAAGACUUUUGGAGAGUUGGGGGAUAGUUUCGAAGCUUUCUCAGCAGGAUCGAGUUACAUCGUGUGUGAUGCGGGUGGUGGAACAGUAGAUGUUACUGUACAUGAGGUUCUAGAAGAUGACAAAUCAGUCCGCGAGAUUAACAGGCCAACUGGGGGAAACUGGGGAGGUACAAAUGUAGAUGACGCAUUUAUAACCAUUUUAGAAAGAAUUGCCGGCGACAAAGUAAUGAAGGCCUUUCAAAAUCAACAGAAAUAUGAUUUCAUGGAACUGCUCCGCGAAUUUGAAGUGAAAAAAAGAGAAAUAAAUUAUACCAUGAAGAAGAAAGUGACAUUCAAAGUUCCAACAUCAUUUAAAGAUGCCUUUGAAGCGGAAAAUCCCGGUAAAUCGUUAAGCGAUAUUACCUCUGAAAUUGACGAGUUUAAGGACAAAAUUAAAUGGAUAUCAGAUAAAAUGCAGUUUUAUCCAGAUCUUGUCACUUCUCUUUUUGAUGAGUCAAUUAACAAUAUUUGUGGUCACCUAUCAAACAUCUUUAGCUCUAACAAAGUUAAGGAUGUAAACUACAUUCUGCUCAUCGGUGGCUAUGCAGAAUCCCCAUUACUUCAAAACGAAAUGAAAAGAAGGUUUCCUUCAAAACGUUUAAUUGUUCCACAAGAAGCUGGACUCUCGGUUCUCAAAGGUGCAGUAAUUUUUGGUCAUAAUCCAUUGCUUAUUCGAGAGAGAAUCGCGAAAUUCACCUACGGAAUUCAAUUUCGACGUCCCUUUAUUGAGGGAGUUGAUCCAGAAGAUAGUAAGACUUUCGUAGAUGGAGAACCAUAUUGUAACAAUGUGUUUGAUAUUCAUAUAGAAGCAGAUGAAUCUAUGAUUGUAGGGGAAAUACAGUCCGAAAAGAAAUAUGGAUCGAAUUCCAAAUCUACUGGUUUGUACGUCUACGCCUCAAGGGAGAACUCUCCAAAUUAUAUAACAGAUAAAGGUUGUUUCUUGCUGGGAAAAACAUCACUCGAUACGAACAAAGAAGAUGAUCUGGAAGUGCAAAUGUCAUUUAGUGGUACAGAAAUAGAAGCCAAGAUUUCUUGUAAAAACACAGGUCAUUCAAGAGUUGUGUAUAUAAAUAAUUCUUAAAAUUAUCAGAAACUGUCAAUGAUACAUGCACAUAUAGGAUACAAUUACUGGGAUUCCAUAUUCAGAAAUAAUCUUGGAUUUCUCUCUUUUUAUUGAAACUUGUUCAUUCGAUACAUAUGAAUUAUUCCAACUUCUCUUAUUUCCAACA